AUGGCAGUGAUGCUUUCCGCCCUCUUGGGCAUGGCUUUACAAGUCGCAUGUAGCCCAAUAUCUAUCAGCACUUAUGGACGGAUGGAGAAUCUCGUCACCUUUGGCGACAGCUACACGGAUGAAAACCGCUUCAGCUAUUUCAUCCAGAACCACAAAGCACCGCCAAUAGGUGAGAUGCUGCCUCCAAGCAACAGCACCGCAAGUGGUGGCUAUGCAUGGGGACGCUUCGUCGCCAAUGCCACCGGAGCAAACUACUACAACUAUGCCGUUUCAGGGGCUCAAUGCACCAACAAUGUUGAUUCGCGAAACUUGGAUGUUAUAAACGGCCCGUUUCCGUCUGUGUUGGAGUAUGAAAUCACUGCUUUCGAGCAAGAUAUUCACUAUCCCAAGUUGUAUCCCAACAGGCUUGCUCACAAUACCAUAUACGCGCUUUGGAUCGGCACAAACGACCUAGGAAUUGAUGGCAUUCUUGGAGAUUCUCAAAAAGCAGGCACAACGAUCAGUACCUACAUGGACUGUAUAUGGAGCGUAUUUGACCACAUUUACAAGGCCGGUGGCAGACAUUUCGUGUUAUUGAAUCAGGCACCUCUGGAACGGGCUCCCAUGUACGCUACCCCGGGAACUGGCGGCCUUGGAAACCACCAAUACUGGAAGAACAAGACUGCUUAUAACAUUACCCAGUACGCGAAUAAGAUUCUAGAGUACACGACUAACGUAAACACCAUGUAUGAUUAUGGAGCACCAUUCUUCUUAAAGGUGAAGCGGCGCUGGUCUGGGGCAACAUUCUCCAUCUUUGACAUACAUUCACUCAUGAUGGAUGUAAUCGGCCGUCCUGGACAGUAUCUCGACGCCCCAGCCAACGUGGUUGCACCUUUUCGGACGUGUCUAAACGGCUGUGUUGAGUCGAAGGAACCAAAAUCGAGCUUCAUGUGGUACGACGAACUUCAUCCUUCUGAGCGCAUGGAACAGAUAUUUAGCAAGAACUUUAUGGAGGUGGUGGAAGGCAAGUCCAAAUACGGCACGUACUACAGAUGA